UUCGCCAGGCUGCCUGGCCGUACCCGCCCGCCCCGCCAGCCUCCCCAGCUCUGGCAGGGAAGGAGUUAACCUCCAGCCUUCUCAGCGUGAAUGUGGAGCUAUUAAUACCCACAGCCCAGCCAGUCUGCCAGAGAAGCCACUGGAGCUGGGGAGAGCAGGGAGCCGGGGAAGCCGCCAGUCGCAGCCUAGCCGGAACCGGGACUCCAGGGGUCAAAACUUUUCACGAGGACGACGUGGGCCCUGUGCCAGUCUCACCUGGCCCUUGCCCAUCUUUCAGCUGCAGGUCCCAACCCUCUCUCCUGAAGGCCACCCGUGCCACCCACCCCAGCCAAGAACAAACUUUCUCAGGGAAGCCACCUCUGUGGCCGUGCUGGCUGGACAAGGAGGAGCAGACGACUGGACAGACAGGGGGACUGGGGUACAGGACACUGUAAGCCUGCCCUCCCAGGCCUGCCUCUGACAGACAGCCACAGAGUGGGCAGCUGGGGGGCCUCGGGCUCCACAGGGGCAGUGGGGGGCCCUGCUGGACCUCCGUCCACCCACCAGCCACCUUGGAGUCCAGGUGGCUGGACACUGCUUCCCAGGGCCCAGCCCUGUGGCUGGAACACCUUCGGGUCAAGACAGGAGCCCCCACCAGACAGAGCCCCCCCGGCUCCUCCACCCACCGAGGCGACGGGCAACCUGAGCGAGAAGGCACAGGUGGCGGGCGGGCAGGUGCAGAGCCCCGAGGCCGACGGGCUGCUGACCCUGGAGCACCCUGGCUCAGGGACUUCUGCCCAGGCUGGGGACGAUGCUGUGGAGGCCACCCCCGGCCACCCCUGCCCUGUCCUGGAGCUGCCUCCGGCCUGGCCCAUGGGCUGUGGAGUCGACGAUGUCCCGGCCUUCUGCUUCAUCUGCUUCCACAGGGAGGAGGAGGAGGAGCUGCUGGAAGAAGUUCCACUGCGGAGGGAGAAGAUGAGCGUGGGCUGCCCAGAGCCUGAGCCGCCCCGCUCCCUGCCCUGCUGUGGGCCGGGGACUGCCCCAGGACCUGGGGCAGGCGUGCCCCUACUCACUGAAGACAUGCAGGCCCUGACCCUCCGCACUCUGGCCGCCAGCGAUGUCACCAAGCAUUACGACCUAGUCCGGGAGCUGGGCAAAGGCACCUAUGGGAAGGUUGAUCUGGUGGUCUACAAGGGCACAGGCACAAAAAUGGCACUCAAGUUUGUGAACAAGAGCAAAACCAAGCUGAAGAACUUCCUGCGGGAGGUGAGCAUCACCAACAGCCUCUCCUCCAGUCCCUUCAUCAUCAAGGUUUUUGACGUCGUCUUUGAGACGGAGGACUGCUACGUCUUUGCCCAGGAGUACGCACCUGCUGGGGACCUGUUUGACAUCAUCCCUCCCCAGGUGGGGCUCCCCGAGGACACGGUGAAGCGCUGCGUGCAGCAGCUGGGCCUAGCGCUGGACUUCAUGCACGGGCGGCAGCUGGUGCACCGCGACAUCAAGCCCGAGAACGUGCUGCUGUUCGACCGCGAGUGCCGCCGCGUGAAGCUGGCCGACUUCGGCAUGACGCGCCGCGUGGGCUGCCGCGUCAAGCGCGUGAGCGGCACCAUCCCCUACACGGCGCCCGAGGUGUGCCAGGCGGGCCGCGCCGACGGCCUGGCGGUGGACACGGGCGUGGACGUGUGGGCCUUCGGCGUGCUCAUCUUCUGCGUGCUCACCGGCAACUUCCCGUGGGAGGCGGCCUCGGGCGCCGACGCCUUCUUCGAGGAGUUCGUGCGCUGGCAGCGGGGCCGCCUGCCGGGGCUGCCGUCGCAGUGGCGCCGCUUCACCGAGCCCGCGCUGCGCAUGUUCCAGCGCCUGCUGGCCCUGGAGCCCGAGCGCCGCGGCCCGGCCAAGGAGGUGUUCCGCUUCCUGAAGCACGAGCUCACGUCCGAGCUGCGCCGCCGGCCCUCGCACCGCGCGCGCAAGCCGCCUGGGGACCGCCCGCCCGCCGCCGGGGCACUGCGCCUCGAGGCGCCCGGGCCGCUCAAGCGGACAGUGCUGACCGAGAGCGGCAGCGGCUCCCGGCCCACGCCCCCCGCCGUCGGGGCGGUGCCCGUGCCCGUGCCGGUGCCGGUACCUGUGCCGGUGCCGGUACCUGUGCCCGUGCCCGAGCCCGGCCUGGCUCCCCCGGGGCCCCCCGGCCGGACCGACGGCCGCGCGGACAAGAGCAAAGGGCAGGUGGUGCUGGCCACGGCCAUCGAGAUCUGCGUCUGAGCCGCCCCCGCCGCCCUCGGACCGGGGAACUGCCCGGGGCCGCCCCAAGCCGGUGCCCGAUACGGCGGUGGGGAAUGGAGCCGCCUCGCCGCGGGGCAGGGGGCGCAGCAGUAGACUAGGCGGGUCGCGGCCGCGCGCCUGGUCGGUCCGGGUGGGCUGGUGAGGGGGCCACCAGAGACCCCCUGGUGGGCGGGGACUUCACCCAGAGGAGCCAAGCCUCACAGACCCGAGAAUUCGGAGCCCCCCAACACACACACACACACACACACACACGCACGCACGCACGCACGCACGCCAGGAGCAAGGGAGCUCUCGGGCCACACUUUCAGAAACCGCCAUGAGCCCUGGAACCCUGGACUCGUUGCUCCUGGCCCUCCAUACCCCCUGGCAGAUCAUCCUGCGGUCCCACCCCAGUUCCCCUCCUCCUGGCCGUCCCACUCUGUCCCCUCCCUACCCUGGGCACAAAAAGGGACUGAAGUGUUGGGCAGAGAGGGGAUCUAAGACCCCUGGGCACUGGCUGGGAUCAGGGCAGUGAACGGAGGGCAGCUGUGCCCUGCCCUUCUGGAGGCUGGAGGGGAGAGGCAAGCCCCUGGAAAAUGUAGCAAAUGUCUGGAUGUCGCAUAAGUGAUUGUAUGUGCAGAACAGCCCCCAAGGAGCUAGUGACUCCUGCACACCCCCAUUGCAUGGAUGAAAACACAGCCCAGGAAGGAGGGCAGCUUGGCACUCGCUGAGAAGCAGAGCUCUCUCCCCUCCCUCCCCCUUCUCCUCCCCCCAGCCACAAGGGUUUGUCCUGACAACUUCGGGGGAUAGAAGGGCUCACAGGGCAGGGAUCUUAGCUGCCCCAGCAUCCUUAAGGCAGGGGAGUGAGUGCGAAGCUGAGGGCAGGGCCCAGCUCCCCCUGCCAGCCGCACCUUCCCAGGCCCAGGGACCUCCGCCGGGUCCUCCCAGCCCUCGCAACCCCAGCCUGGACAUAGUAGCUUAGGCUUCCGGCAGGUGGCGAGGUGGUUCAUGCUGGAAAUUUCUCCUGGGUUUCUGCUGGAGUCAAACAUGCCAGCCUCCAAGACCCCAUCCUGACGUCUCCCACGUUUCUGGUACUGGAGUGUGCAGGGUGUCGGAGCUGCACGUGGGUGUGAGAAUGGGGCCCGUGGAUUCGAUGGGGCAAGCGGUGACUAGGUGUGUGCGUAGGGUGCAGACGCAUGGGUGUCUCCCUAUGCGUUCAGUGACUGUGCGUCCGGACAGUUCAGCAGCCCCACCCGCCCUGGUCCUCCCAGGCAGCUGUCCCAGGGGCCAGGCCUGCCUUGCACCACACCCCUCAGGGAAUCCAGCAAGGAGCCCCCUGCAGGUUGGUUCAGGACCCCAGGCAGCAAAACAGAGAUGACAGGACCCCCACCUCCUCCAGUGCUCCGUCCUGACCCCCUGCCCUCUCUGUGGAGGCCUGGGACCCCUGCAAUAAGCUCCACAUGGGCAAGGCUGUCCCUGUGCCUUGCAAUGCCCCACCCUCUGCCCCAGGUCACCCCUGCCAGGGUCCCUCCUGGGGUUCUGGGCCAUUCAAGGGGCUCUUUGAUGGGCCAGGCCGGCCAGAGUGAACUCCGAGCACUUUCUGGCUGGAGCCCCCACCUCUGCACUCCCCACUCAUUGCCACCUUGAAAAAGGGCUAUAGGUCCCCUGCCCUGCCCGGGUCCAGUUUACAAACAGUGUGGGGUUGUCCCAGGGCCUGGCCCCGCUCUCCCCGCUGUGCCCACUCCUCUCCAGACCCCACCUCCCCAGUGGGUACGGGCCCUCCACAUGCCAGGUAAGUAGCAAACCCCCCUCCAAGGGCCAGGUCUCAGAGAAGGCCCGUCACUGCCCCCGGCCCACCUGGAGCCCAUCGGGGCUGCCUCUCCCAGCCGCAACUUCUCCUUUUGCCUUAGGCCUCGCGACAUCCUGAUCUCUCCUGCAAUAACAAGGAAUUGAGAUUCCACAGUAGACGUCCCUUGCCGUGCGCACUCUUUCUCUUUCUCUCUCUCUCUCUCUCUCUCUCUCUCUCCUCUCUCUCUCUCUCUCUCUCUCUCUGUUAAGAUCCUGUUCGGGAGUUUCCCCUGCCAUCGUAGUAUCUAGUAUGUUAGAGUUGGGAGGGGACCAUAGUUACGUAGCCCAGCCUCCUCAUUCCCAGAGGCACCCAGAGGGCCAGCCACCAGCCUGACCCCAAAGCAGAACCGGAACACCAGGUUGAGGCCCUGCUGCUGCCACCUCCUCUGCUGGUCGGGCUGGGACCCUUUUGCCCCUUAGGAGAGGUGUUGGUCACAGAUGUUUACCUCAGUUUAUGUCACUGUCGAAGAAACAAAAAUAAUAGCAAAAAAUAAUACUGUAGACAUGAAGACUUAGAAGACAAAAAAAAACCACACACACACACACACACAAAAUCUCCCCGUUGCGAUUCUUCUGUGAAGGUACAGUGUGUACGUGUGUAUGUGUGUGUGUGUGUGUGUGUGUGUGUCUCCGUCCUACCCCGGGCAGGCCGGGGCAUCCUGACCCCUGUCCCAGCCCCCGUGUCCCCCACACUGCCCCUGUCCUUUGGUGCUUCCCAGAGACCCCUCUGAGCUGGCCUGUGGGGUGCGGGGAGCCCCCUGGGUGGGAGGCAGGGCCACAGGUCGGCUAGAGGGUCUCCACCAGGCCCUCUGAACAGAGCCCCAUGGCUGCCCAGUGUUCCCUGAGCCCACGCUGUGGCCAGUGGGACAGUCCUGGUGGCUGGCAUCAGCGUCCAUGCCUGGCUCAGGGCCUGGGGCAGGGUCCCGGCCCCAGAGCCCCAGACCCCCAUGUCUUGCCACCCUUCCCCCAUGUGUUUGUAAAUAUUCUGGCAUCCUUUGGCCCUGAGAAGGUUUUUAAAUGUGUUAUUUACUUCUCUAAACAUGACGAUUGCUAUAAAAUAAACAAAAGUUUAGAAAAAUGA